AUGAGACUGCUUACCUCGCUUAUGGGCACGAAGAAGUUGAGCAUUUCCGGAAACUUCAACUAUACACCCGAGAUAUGGCAGGCUAUUAGCGCCGCGGUUCGCAACAUGCCUGAUCUCGAGGAGGUUUUCCUAUGCCAUCAUUGUCCCGGGAUGGCCCAAGGCCCCGUCUGUGAGGUUCUAAACCAGGCGAGAAGCCUGAAAUACCUUACAAUUACUGAGAUCAUAGACACGUCGGUCCUUGACAUAUCGGGUGUCUCAAAGCGCCGCCACCCCUCUUUGAAUCGCCUCUUGGUCGAGGACUCUAGGUGCGGCAUCCAAGACCUAAAACGGCUCAUCUCUUGGCCUUGCAGACUUGAACACCUGCUCCUAGUACCCGCUGGAGAGGUCGAGAAUUCCCACGUUCCCUGGGGCUUAGAAGAGCUGGGACCAGUUCUAGAAUCACAAAAGACCACGCUCCGGACUCUCGGAAUCUGGCCACUGGAUCUCCAAGGCCUCCGGGGGUUCGACUUGACGGAAUUCGAAAGUCUCGAGGAACUCGACCUCUCAUAUUUUUCGACGGGGUGCGAACCUGGAACUGAAGUUAAUCUCUUGGCUCCAAAAUUGAGAAAAUUCACCUGGGCGUUCGUCUUCGAAGCUGGGUGGAAGUGCCAGAUGACUUGCUUCGAGGAGGCACAAGAGAGCUGGCUAAGAGGGUUUGCGACUGGAGCGCUCGCACGACCACUACCUCUGGGCUGCAUCCAUCUCAGUUUCGUGCCCGAAGGCUAUCUACCAGAUUUCUCUGUUCCGAGACCCAAAAUCUCACCGUGGGACAGAGUGGAACACCUACGGGACGAAUUCCACCAUCUGGGCAUCACCCUGACGUGCUCGGCAACAAGGGAAGAUUAUGAGAGACUGUGGACCCCGGUGCGACGACCAGAGGAACAAGGCCCCAGGCUGCAACGGUCGCGACCGCCUUCUCCUGAUUUUCAUUACUUUGAUCCAAGGGAAGAUGGAUCGGAUUCCGGUGCCGAAAGUGUUGUGCGACCUGACAGCGGCGCAACUCAGUCCAACACGAUUCUCAACUAUUUUGCGAGAAUCUAG